UUCCCGCACCGACCGAUGCCGCUGGUCGUCGUCGUCGCGAUGCCCUCGGCGCCGCCGCCGCCGCCGCCGCCGCCCCCGCCUGCGCGGAUCGUCGUCGUGGUGCCGGCGCUCGGGUGCUUCGCCGGCUUCCUCUUCGCCAUGGCGGAAGUCCUCAGCUACAUGGGCUUCGCGGGUGCGUGGAUCAUGUCCGCGGCCUCGGCUGCACAGGUCGUCGCGCUCCGCGCCUGGGGCGAUGGCUCCGCUCCCGUCCUGUUCCUCCAUGCGGUCAUCUACGGGGCCCUCAGCGCCUGCAUCUGCACCGUCCUUGCGUUGCUCGCGCUUCUCGUCCUGCGGCUGUGCGCCAAGUGCGUUGCCUACGUGAAUGCAGCUGUAUCUGGAUCCACUCCGGGAUUCAAGAAGAGCACCUUGCGAGCAAUCAGGCCGGAGUCGGCUGCAAACUUGUUUAGGUUUCUGCGCCCCGCGGUGCUUGGAUUUGUCGUGGAUGGGGCCUUCUUCCUGAUAAUACUCGCUGGUCUUCUGCUAAAGGUGAUGUCGCCACAUGUUCAGGGAUCGAUAUCUCAGGGGGAAAUGGUCGGUUCGGUAAUCGAGGAUGUGGGGACAUUUGGUAUGCACGCGACAGCUUGCUUUCUCAUCAUCCCAGCUCUGUUUCUUAGUGGUUGGAGGGAGUGCUAGGCGGACAGGAACCCACCAUCGCAGUUCUGUUGAGGUAUAUAUAUACCUCCCCC